AUGGAGGCCUCAGAGUUCCCAUUGGAAUUACAAUCCAAAGCCUUCCAAAUUCUAAGUUCCAACGACGACACUCCCAUUGAAACCCUCUUCUCCCACAUCUACUCUCCCCAACACCAACACCAACACCACCUCCGCUCCCAAGCACUCGCGUUCCUCCAAUGCUGCAAACACCACCACCCCGAUCUCCUCGUCAUCAAACUCUUCUUCCUCUUACGCACCGACGCCCUUCCCGAAAAGCGAGCCAACGCCGCACGCGUCUUGCACUUCCUCAAACCCGCCGAAUUUUGGCCCAAACUCAAGCCCAUCGCCCAGGCCCGCCUCAAGUCCCACUUCCUCGCUUACCUCGCCGAAGAAUCUUCCCUCCACGUCCUCCGACUCGUUUCACUCGUCCUCGCCGAAAUCCUUUCCGUUACUUACAAAACGCACCAAAACUGGCCUGAGGUUCUUGAUUUCCUCAUAUCAUUUGUCGCCUCCGACGAUGACAAGUGCCGCGAGUUCGCGUCUCUCGUCUUCAAGAACCUCCCCAACGACUCUCGUUUGCUCGUCUCCAACGCCCUCAGGGAGAAAAACGACGCCGUCCGGGUGCUGCACGCUUCGGUUUUUAAGUCCCUCGCAUCCUCCAACCGCGACGUCCAGGUCACGUCGUUCGGCGCCGUCGUGAGCCUCGUCCAGUUGUUCUCCGAACCGUCGAUGUUCCACGAGCUUCUCCGCGCGAUCAUGGUUGGGGUCUUCACGCUUCUGCAUUGCUCUGAAGCUUCCUAUUUCCGAAGCGCGUUUGCGGAGUUAAUAAAUCUGGUUUCUCAAGUGCCGUUGCUUUUGAAGCCGUACAUGAACGACAUGGUCCUCGACGUGCUUCAGAUUGCGGAGAGCGAUACUUUGAGCGAGGGAACGCACUGUUUGGCUUUUCAGUUAGUGGUGGCCAUGACGGAGGUGAAGGAGUACGAGCACGUGUUCGUCAACCUGCCUUACGAGACCGUGCAGAGGCUGUUCUUUGUUCCGAUGAAGAUGCUACGGUGCGUUGCCGACGAUGGCUGUGGUGGCAAGCGUGAACUGGAAAUCGAGAAGGCUGGAAUGAAGGGUUUGAAGAAGCUUUGUGCCGCACUCGGAGCGAGUAAAGCAGUGCGUCUUGCGUGUGAAGUUUUCCUGCUUCACUUGGAUAAUGCGGAAUGGAAGGUGCGCCGUGCAAGAAUCACAAUGCUGAGUGUGAUCGUAGAAGACUUCUCCGAUGAAAUGGUGAACUAA